AAGAAGGAAUAAGGUUAUGUGCUAGUGUCAAAAAUAUUUUUAAAUGUUUGUUUACAAAUAUUUUCCAGAUUUUUAUACGUAAAAAUAGUCACGUUAUGUUAAAAUAGGUCAUUUUAAGGGCACACUUUUUAAAUAAUCUUCCAAAAAUGGUACCAAUGAGACUUAUUCUUAAUAUUUCACCUCAAGUGAGAAAAUGCUCACCACUACUGUACAGCGGAAUUUACAAAAGAUUCAAAAGCACGAGAAGCAGUGGUCUAACAACAUCUACAGAUAGUGCAAACACUGAACUAGACACUAACGUUAAACCUAUAGAAAAAGUUAAGGAAGCCACUAAAACCGUUUCGUAUUUAGGUAUAAUUUUAUUAGGUGUAGGUAUAACCGGUACAUUAUUUUACGCAGUAUUUGGCGAGUUAUUCUCGAGCAAGAGCCCCAAUAAUGUUUAUUCGAAGGCAGCUAAGAAAUGUAUUGAAAAUACACAGGUAGAAGAUAAGUUAGGUUAUCCUAUAACGACUUACGGUGAAGAAACAAGAAGAGGCAGAAGACAACAUGUUUCUCAUGCAAUAUAUCAUGAUAAAGAGGGUAAAGAACAUAUCAGAAUGAAGUUUUAUUUGAAAGGUACUGCACAUUCUGGUACUGCUCAUUUAGAUAUGGUUGAGAACGAUUCAGGCAAAUAUGAAUACAGAUUUCUAUUUGUUGAAGUGAAUGACAUGCUCAAAAAUGUAAUAAUUAUAGAAGAUAACAGAUAUAAGUCUCCAAAUUUAUCAUCUUCCCUGGAAUUUAGUUUUUAAGUUUAUAUUUAUAUUAAAAAACACACUUUAACAUUUUUAAGAAUACUUUAUUUAUUUUUCUGUUUGUAUAACAACACUAAAUUAUUGUUGAAUAUGUAGGAUUUUAUUUUGUUUGUGAUCCAGGCAGUGAGAAUAUACAGGGCGAGAAACUGGAUCCAGGCUGUUUUUAUUAUGUGCCAGAACCUCGGUUUGUGGUGUAUUUUCUGUUCUGGAUAGUUCACUGUAAGACUGAUUGUAAAUACGUCGUCUUUUGUUGGAAUAUACGAUGUUAUUGUGUUUA